GGUUCUCGAGUAGCAGAUCGAGGGCCGCUACUAGUUUCCGAAAUGACAGUCGUGCCUGUGAAGUAUCGCAGGUGAACAAUAUUGACAAAGAAAGUACAGCUCCUGGCGCAUCUCUUAUUUAUAUUAGCCGUCAACGAGAACAAGGCCGGCAACAAACAGCGUGCGUGGAAUGUGACGUCUGUCGGCCUGCGCCACACAGCCCGCCCGCUGUGGCUGAACACCCUGAUAUCUCGCCCUCCAAAAUAAAAUCCCCAGCAACGAAGUCCCGAUCAACAAACCAACCAUGUCCGCCCCAACAAGCUCCUUCCGUAAAGCCUGGUUAAAAUGGAAAUCGAUGCGCCUCCCCUGGCGCAAGCGUUUUCUCGUCGGCCUUGACCUCCAGGGAAACACAUACUGGGAGUUCCGCGACACGCUCUCCCCAGGUCGCAUGCGCCGAAUCGUCGACUACCCACCCCACGUACAGUACUCGGAUGUCUCGUCACAUAUCACGCCCGCGUGGCACCAGUGGUUGCGGCAUACGCGCCAAGCAGCUCCAACGAUCGCGGAGCAGGAGCUAGACGUUCUUAGGCGGAAGAGGGUUAAAGUUCUGGCUGCGCAGGCAGAUGAGAGAUGGGAGGCUAAGGGUAGGCUGGUGGGUGGGCCAAACAUGAGGCAGAUGGGACCGGGCCCAAGAAUGGGCAAUGCGACUGCUGCGGGUCAGGCCGAGACGAGGACGGGGACGGCUGGGGUGGGUGUGGAUGCGGGAGGGCCUACGAUGGGGGGCGACGCUGCUGCGGAAGGGAAACAAGGAAAGACGACUACGAGUCCAGUUGCAAGUGGACAAGAGAUUCUUGACCGAGAAUCUGAGCGGAUGAAGGUUAGUGGAGGGCCGCCUCCGAAGGUGUAUACAAACCCGCGAGUGUCGGACCCGGAGAAAGCGGCGAGAAGGGAGCCAGCAACCCCCUCACCACCAAAAGGAGAUCCAUGGAAGAAUGCACGUGGCGGCCCGAGCGAGGAUUGGCAGCCACAGGCUUGGAGCCCUGGGCAGGCAACGCGGAGGUGACAAGACGACUAAUAUAUACCCUUGUACACUACUCAUGUAUUCAUAAUAAAUCAAAUCUUUAGUUUUGACUAUAGGUAAUCAUGCAAUCAUAAAGCAAUC